AUGCCGGAUUCCCAGAACGACGCUGGCACUGUCCAUGAGCACUCCAGCCUGGCCCGGCAGGCGCCAGGCAUCUCGAACGGAGACAAUUUUCAGGCGUCAAAACCGCUUGAAACGGGCCCAGACAACAAGCAAACGGACCCCAACUCCAGUGACAAAGAGACCAAAAUGGGCACCAAACGAAAGAAACGGCGCAAGCCCAAGCCGAAACUGAAACCUGAGGCUGACGAUGGGGCUGUACAUGCGAAGGAUGCUGUGGACGAGGCGAAAGAGGUCAAAGAAAGGCCCAAGAAGGACCAGCACCAUGAACCGGUGACGACCGACGAUAACGGCUCGACACUGGCCAAUGGACUUCCAGGCAAGCAAGCAACCAAGGUCCCAAUGAGUCCUCGCAAGCAGGCCAUCAUGAGAUACAAGAAAAGUGACGAAAACAUCAACGGAAGAACAUACAUCAACGAGGUCAGGGACAACCUCAAGAGCAAGAGCACGCCUGCGGAAGAAGAGGUACAGGUGUUCGACGAACGAGUGGAUCUCGACGAGCGUGUGACGUUGUUCAAGUACAAGUCGUCCAAGAUCUUUGUGUAUGACGAACAAUUGACCGACGGCAAGACCCACACGAGCUCUUCUGGAAGGCUAUUGGGCCACGGCGAGUUUGAGAUUUUCCAAUUACACAAUGGCGACGUAACUUACCUCUCGUGUGGUACCUCGUUUAUCUACCCGUUGCUCCCGAAAUUGAAGAUACUCCGCAUCAAUUUCAACCAGUUCAUUCUCCCGUUGGUCAACCCCGAACGGUACUGGAAGAUCUUUAUCAACUCCGACGAGCCCAACGUGAUCCAAGUGCUUGAAAAUACCUUGGAAAGGGUGGUGCAGUACCGCAAUCUCUUCUUCGGCAGCCCUCCUCCCAAAAAAUCGUCCAAGACUGGGCUCCAAAAUGUUCCUGAAAACCAAAUAUUGCCGGGAUUGGCACCAUCUGGAUAUGACACCAAUCCCAACGAUAUCAAUGCCAUUAAUGAGCAGCCGAGUGAGUUGAAAUCGCUCUCCAUCAUCGAUGAAACGGAGUCCAACGGAGGAAAUCCUGUCAUGGAAUUCGAGUUUCCCCAGUUGGCUGGGGAAAUUCCGGAUUCUCCUCCUUCCGCCCCAAUUUCCCCUCCUCGUCAUAAUGGUUUCUCCGAACAGUUCCCUACCAUCACGGCAGCGGAACCCAAUCCAAAGUUCGGAUGGUCCCUUAAUAAAAAGGCAUCGAACCAGUCAAUCUCGACUUCAAUGGCAUGUCUUGAUUUGAACGACAAGAGCUACAAAAAACCCUCUCGUCAGAAUAUUAUCCAUCAGCCACGCCCAAGUCGCCACAUCGAUCCGUUGACCAAGCCGAUCUUCAACGAGAACUACAAAAUCCAGCACAAACAGCCCUACAGCGUGUUCCAACAUCCCACCGUGUACGAACGCAAGUUGAAGCAGGAUGAGAAAUCGGAUUCUUCAAUGGACUCGUUACUAGACGAGUACGAGGAAAAUAUCAUCCACACGAAAUCGACUCAGCCUUCGAGACAACCGUCAAGACAGCCUUCCAGACAACCUUCCAGGCCGGCUUCCAGAGGACAUUCGGUUAUCCUGGCUCCCCAGUUUCCCCCCAAACCGCUCCAUUAUUCACGAGAUGCACUUUCAAGAGAUGUCAUAGACAGAGAUGCCAGGUCCACCCAAUAUGACGACUUCCCAAGCACGUCCUUGAGUGAGUACAACAAGACCCACAACCAUUCUCGAUCCAGGAGAUCGUCCAGGAGUGAGUUGUAUGUGUCUGAGUCCAAUUGGAUGGAGCCAAGGCACGAGGAUGGCAAGCCCAGACUUCCAAAAUCGAGAUCAAGCUACAGCAUGAAUGCUCCAGGCUACCAGAAACUCGAUUUGACCAGCACAUACAGAAACAUUUAUCGUUCCAUUACCCAAAGGAACUUGAACCUGUAUGUGGAUGACGAUGUCAAGUCUACCCAGUCGUACCAGCCUCCAAGGCAAGCAUAUCCAAUUGCUUCUAGGAGUGAUUUUGGAAGCAGGGACCCUCGAGAGAAGAAAAGAGACGAUGGUUUCGAUAUGAAGUUGGACUCUUCGGAGGUCUACAAUAUUAUAUCGCGGGGUAAGCCAAAAGCAAGAAAGAGCAUCACCGAGAGGUUCUUUGGUUGGGGCUAG